CCGCCCCCUUCUCCUCCCCUUCGCUCCCCCUCCCGUCGGCGAGGUCCGCGAGGGUCAUGAAGUUGAUCGGGACCUAUAAAAGCCCCUGAGAAAGAACCCCGGGUCUGUCACCCUCGGGCAAGGCAGAGCAGGCGACGGCGGUACCCGGCAGAGCUGACCCAUCACCACCAUGUCCUGGGGCUACGGCAAAGAGAACGGACCUGCUUUUUGGCAUAAGAACUUCCCUGUUGCCAAUGGAGAACGACAGUCACCCAUUGCGAUCCAACAUAAAUCUUCCAAAUUCGACCCUGCACUGAAGAGCCUGAACAUCACAUACGAUGCAUCUGCAGCAAAGAAGAUAGUCAACAACGGGCACUCCUUCAAUGUGGUCUUUGAUGACUCUGGAGACAAGUGUGUGCUGAAAGGUGGCCCAGUUGAAGGAAUUUACAAAUUAAAGCAGUUCCAUAUUCAUUGGGGAUCCUGUGAAGGCCAAGGUUCUGAACACACUGUUGAUGGGGUGAAAUAUGAUGCAGAGCUCCACUUAGUGCAUUGGAAUACAAAAUAUGGAACUUUUGAAGAAGCUGUGAAGUAUCCUGAUGGCCUGGCAGUUGUGGGAGUGUUUUUGAAGGUAGGAAGUCCCUGUCCUGGACUACAGAAAGUUGUUGAUGCACUAGAUUCCAUUAAACACAAAGAGAAAGAGGCUAACUUUACCAGCUUUGAUCCCACUGUCCUCCUACCUGCCUCUCGUGACUAUUGGACUUAUCCAGGAUCACUGACCACACCACCUUUGCUUGAAUGUGUCAUCUGGAUUGUUCUGAAGGAGCCUGUAUCUGUGAGCAAAGAACAGAUCAACAAAAUCCGCUGCCUUUGCUUCAAUAAGGAAAAUGAACCUCAAUGCAGCAUGGUUGACAACUGGCGUCCUUGUCAGCCUCUGAAGAGCAGAGAAGUUAGAGCCUCAUUCCAAUAAGUUAUUGCUAUUAGUUCUUCCUGCUGAGCACAAAUCGAAAUGCGAUACAUGCACUUGCCUCAUUCCUCCCCCUCUCUUUUCCUACUGAUCUUUUUCUUCUUCUCUCUCAUCUUUCUUUGUAGUGAAAAGGAAAAGGCCAUCAGUAAAAAGGAAAAGCAUAGUUAUAGCAGUGUGGACCUGUGUAUCUGCAGGAUCUGAUACUUGAUAAGAAUUGCUGUGAUGUUCAUGUUGGCACUGCAACAUGACAUCAUCUUUUGCAGAUUGCUAAGGGGCUGGAUGAUAAGCCACAAAAAUAAAGCCAUUUCUUACAGAACAUAACUGAAUAGAAUAAAAUCUUACAUGCACUAAAUAACUUGAAUCUUUAAUGGAAGCACAUGAAUGCAUUCUGAAGUAGACAUUUUUCAUCUGAUUUAGGAUAUUUUGACUCAACCUAGUCAUUCAAAUGCAGCUAUGGGUACUGAAGAAUAAAUGUCUUAGCUUUUAAAUAGUUUGAUGUGUAAAUAUUGUUUUGCAUUUUAAUCAUGAAUCUGAACCAUAACUUAAUGUUAGUAUGCUUUUAUUUUUCUAAUCACAGAUGUUAACGAAUAUAAAUGAAAUGCUAUUAUAUGUAAAGAAAAGAAUGAAGGCAAGAUUUAAAAAUAAUGUCAUAAUUUAAAUAAAAACAUUGUAUUUUAGAUAUUUCUCAAAUCAAUAAAGUUAUUUAUGGUCUCUAAACUGCAAUACAGAUAAAAGUUACAAUUGGACAUAUGGUAACUAUAUAUUUUACUUCAGUAUAAAAAUAUUUGUCAGCAUCCAACUUGAGUAUCCAAAUAAAAGUCCAGGAUCAUUUCUGUUCUGAAAA